UUUAUACAGUUUAGGUGGCAAGACUAAAAAAGGUCAACAAAUUCCUCUACAUCAUCUGGUUUGGUUCCUGCGUCCCUUUGAAUUUUGAAUUGCAAUUUUUCCUCCCUUCGACUGGUAAAAAUUUUCAAAAUUUUCUGUUUAACUCAAGUUUGUAUUAUUGGUCGUGGUGAUGAGUGCUUUGGUGUUUGGAGUCGGGGUCGGGCUGUUUUUGCUGAUCGCUCUGUGGGUGACCGCCUUUCUACUCUGCAUCGUCUCUCUGCGGGCUCAGAAGAACGUCGGCUUCGUCGCUUUUCUCUCGGCCGUUCUCUUCACCACUGUGCUGCUUCUCUUGCCCAUCGACUCGCCCUCUGAGACCAAAGAAGCUGCCCCGACGUCGACACUCAAGGUCUACGAUCGUUUUUUCAUCUGGCGCAUUUUGCUGGCCGUCUUUCUGCUGCUGGUGGUCGUCGGUGGCUGCGUCAACUUUGUCUACUCGCACCUGAUGGAGCCCCAGCUGGCCAAGCCGCUUGAAAGGCACGCCAGAGUCGAGUGAAUUGAGGAAAAAAUAACUCCUUUGGCAAAAAUGCUCUCUAUCGUAGCCUGCAGGGCCUUUUCAACUACAGCCCGCCGCCUCAGAAAGAUCUUCACUGUCAGUGAUAGUGAAACUUUUAUGGACAAAGUCCUGAAUAAUGAUGUGCCUGUGAUCGUCAACUUCCACGCAGAAUGGUGUGAUCCAUGCAAGUUGCUGACACCCAAGCUGGAGGAAUUGGUGCUGCCCCUGCCUGGCAUCGACCUGGCCGUUGUUGACGUCGAGGCUUGUCCGGAACUUGUGCACGCCUUUGAGGUGAAAGCAGUGCCAGCUGUGAUUGCCGUGAGGUCGGGACUAGUGGUGGACAAAUUCAUAGGUCUCGUCGAUGCGAAAAACAUCGAGGACUUUAUUAUGAAACUUUCCAAGCAAUCUCAGCCUCCGCAAAGCUAAUUUUGUAAUAGAUUCUUUAAGAAAACGUCUAGUUAAAUGCAACCCUACUGUGAGUUAAAGGUUGUAAAAAUAAGAAGCCAUGAGAUCAAGAUAAAAUUUUCCUCUUUAGCAUGGUUCACUAAAAAAUAAAUAAAUAAAUGCAAAUAAUAAUGUAAUAGCACAAACUCCCUGUGCCUUAAUGUAGCAAAUUUAACGCAAUAUUAGUGCAAAAAUGUUUUAUUAAAUGGAGGAUUUGUUUUAUGUUAACUUUUGAAAGUCCUGUAAUGCUGAGUAUAAAAACGCACAAUAAAAUUCAAUAAUAUUGUUGACUGAAGAGGGAAAUACUUUAUUAAAAAGAAAAUAAUAUAAACCUUUGAAGAAAUUGGAGGAUGCUUAGUUAGGAGAUAAAUUUUUGUAAGAAAGUUAAUUCAUAUUUAAUUAAAAAAUAGCAAACACUGAUUUCUUGAAGAACAAUUUUAAAAGUUUUUGGCAAAUAUUUUAUCCUGUUAAUUUUUAAGGAAUUUUAGUAGCAAACAUUGUGUUGUACUAUAAAAUAAUUUGCCUAUAAGUCUGGGUUUGGGGCAGAUUUAAUAAAUUUUACAAAUUUUAAU